AUGGCGUUCACUUACGCUGCUGCGAUCGCUCCCUCUCUCCGCGGCAUUGCUCGCAUCGGUUUCUGUGACUACAAAGUUUCGCUCGCCGGUUCUCAUGGCGAAGUGAAUUCGGCGUCGUUUUGCUUUUCGUUGCGUGCGGGGAAGAGCGAUGUUGUGCUCGAGAGGAGGAAGUUGAAGUCGGUUGAUACUCGCGUUGUGGACAAUGCGCAGAUGAAAUCCAGCGUUGGAAUUGAAAUCCCGGUUUCGUGCUACCAGCUCAUUGGUGUUCCUGAUCGGGCUGAGAAAGAUGAAAUAGUUAAGGCAGUUAUGGGUUUGAAAAAUGCAGAAAUUGAUGAAGGUUACACAAUUGAUGUUGUUGCAGCUCGUCAGGAUCUUCUGAUGGAUGUUAGGGAUAAGCUUCUUUUUGAGCCAGAAUAUGCUGGUAACCUGAGGGAAAAGAUCCCUCCUAAAUCUUCACUUCGAAUUCAAUGGUCUUGGUUGCCAGGUGCUCUUUGCCUUCUUCAAGAGGUUGGAGAAUCAAAGCUUGUGCUGGAGAUUGGACAGACAAGUCUUCAGCACCAAAAUGCCAAGCCAUAUACUGAUGACUUGAUUCUUUCUAUGGCGCUAGCUGAGUGUGCAGUUGCGAAGAUUGGCUUUGAGAAGAAAAAAGUAUCUCAAGGAUUCGAAGCUCUUGCUCGAGCUCAGUGUCUUCUAAGAAGUAAACCAUCUCUUGCAAAAAUGACACUGCUUUCUCAGAUUGAAGAAUCUCUUGAAGAGCUUGCACCUGCUUGCACCUUGGAACUACUGAGCAUGCCACAUGCUCCUGAAAAUAUUGAACGAAGACAAGGUGCAAUUUCAGCUCUGCGGGAAUUGCUCAGGCAGGGUCUUGAUGUUGAAGCUUCAUGUCAAGUACAGGACUGGCCUUCCUUUCUAACCCAAGCAUUUGAUAGUUUGCUGGCUAAAGAGAUAGUUGAUCUUCUUCCUUGGGAUAAUUUAGCUUUGAUGCGAAAGAAUAAGAAGACUAUUGAAUCACAGAAUCUAAAGGCAGUAAUUGAUUCUAACUGUUUCUACAGAGUUUUUAAAGCUCAUAUGGCGAUUGGGUUUUCCAGCAAGCAAAGGGACUUGAUUAACAAAGCAAAAGGAAUAUGUGAAUGUUUGAUGGCUUCAGAGGGUAUUGAUUUAAAAUUUGAGGAAUCCUUUUGCUUAUUCCUACUUGGUGAGGGUACAGAGGCUGAGGUGGUUGAAAAACUUAAACAACUUGAGUUAAACUCAAAUACCAAGAAUAAUUCAGUCUUGGGGAAGGCAAUAAUGGAUGCAUCUGCUGUAAACCCGUCAUUGGAAAUGUGGCUGAAGGAUUCAGUGCUUUCAUUAUAUCCGGAUACUAAAGAUUGUUCUCCAGCUUUGGGUCAUUUCUUUAAUGCGCAGCAGAAAUUUUCUGGAAGCAAGAAUUCUAAAGGAGGAGCUCAACAAAUGUUGCCCACUAUAUGUCAUAGACCUCUAUCUUCAUCUGGUUCCUUUGAACGAAGAGAUGUUGAGGAAUCUCGCUCAUACAUUAGCUCUUCACCUAAUCUAGGAUUUGCUGUCAAGCAACUGACUCCUACUGAUUUGCGGAGUUCAUUGCUAUCUGGUAGAAAUGAAAAUGUAAGCAAUCCUAUCGAGUCACCAGUUCAAGUGAAGAGGAACCUUGGUAGUCAUCGCAAUUCAGGAAUUUGGCAUAGUUACUUCCCUCAAGGACACAUAUUUGAAAGAGUAACAUACUUUACUGUAUUGGGUUGUAUUGCAUUUGCUUCCAUUAAGUUGUCAGGAAUUGGCCUAAGCAAGAGUCUUACUGGUUCUCAUUGGGCUUUUACUAAAGCCAAUGAUAACAUUAAUUGGACUGCAGAUUCAGCUGACUACCCUAUAGGCCCAGCUUAUAUUAGGCAAAGCACUGUGACCGACAAACUGAAGAGGAUCCUUUCAAUGUUUAAGAUACAGCUGUUGCACCAGUCAGGUGCUCGAAAUCAUAGUGAUUUACGAACUACUCUUACCUCCUCCUCCACUAUUAAUUUUUCCAGAAGGCCAAUGCCUGUGGAAGAAGCAGAAGCCAUUGUCAGGCAGUGGCAAAUAAUCAAAGCUGAAGCAUUGGGACCUAGCCAUGUAGUUAAUUGCCUAGCUCAAGUUCUUGACGAAUCUAUGCUUGCUCAGUGGAAAGGUUUGGCCAAUGCUGCAAAAGAAAAAUCUUGUUACUGGAGAUUUCUUUUGCUCAAGUUAUCCAUCAUUCGAGCUGACAUUCUGUCAGUUGGAAGCGGAGCUGACAUGGCAGAAAUAGAAGCUCUCUUAGAGGAAGCAGCUGAACUCAUUGACGGUUCUCAGCAAAAAAACCCUAACUAUUAUCUCACUUACAAAGUUAAGUAUGCUAUGAAGAAACAAGACGAUGGAUCAUGGAAGUUUUGUGAAAAUGAUAUAAUGGAAACACCAUGA